GCAGAGCAUUUACUUGGUGUCAGUGUGAUGAUGGAGCGAGUUCUGUUAUUGUUCGGACUGGUGGCUCUGGCCACUUCAUUCACUAUACCUGCUGUUUCCCCUGAGGUUCAUGAGGUGUAUGAGAAUGGCGAGGAUGAGAACCCCAUCCUGAAUAAAGGAUCAGACGCCAACCUGUUCGAAGGGGACAUUUUCAUUCCAGAGGGAAGGAAAGCCUUGAUUGAAAAGCGAUACAGAUGGAAAUUUCCAAUUCCUUACAUCCUGGGUGAUGAUUUAGAUCUGAACGCCAAGGGCUGCGUCCACCAGGCGUUUGAGAUGUACAGGCUGAAGUCCUGUAUCGACUUCAAGCCUUAUGAGGGAGAGAAGACAUACAUCAAGUUUGAAAAGAGAGGAGGGUGUUUCUCCAGCGUCGGGGACCAGCAGGACGGUCAGAUUCUGUCUCUGGGGUCGGGCUGUGAUCACAAGGCGGUGAUUGAACACGAGCUGCUGCACGCUCUGGGAUUCUACCACGAACAGUCCCGCACCGACCGGGACGACUACGUGGACAUCUGGCUGGAUCAGGUCACUCCAGGACUUGGACACAACUUCAACAAAUACAACGAUGACUUCAUCACCGAUCAGAACACGGCGUACGACUACGAGUCCAUCAUGCACUACAGACCUUUCUCCUUCAAUAAGAACGAAUCCAUCCCCACCAUCACCACCAAAAUCCCAGAGUUCUACAACAUCAUUGGCCAAUACCUGGACUUCAGCAAGAUGGACACCCUCAGGCUCAACCGGAUGUACAACUGCUCUGGUACUCUCACCCUGCUGGACCAGUGUUCCUUUGAGUAUGCCAGCAUCUGUGGAAUGAUCCAGGCCUCAAACGAUGAUGCUGACUGGGUCCAUACCAAGAGCAGUGUGAGUGAAGAGGAUCACACACUCCUGGGGAGAUGCAGAGAUGCUGGGUACUUCAUGCACUUCAGCACCAGGACUGGGAAGCCUGCAGAGUCGGCUCUGUUGGAGUCCCGCACCCUCUACCCCAAGAGGAAGCUCCAGUGUCUGCAGUUCUUCUACAAGAUGACCGGGAGCUCCAAGGACAGGCUGGUGAUCUGGGUCAAGAAGGAUGAUGGCACAGGGGUUGUUCGUAAAAUGAAGAAAAUACACACCUUUAAUGCUGAUUCUGACCACACAUGGAAGAUCGCCCAUGUCCCAAUGGAGGUGGGGGUCAAAUUCCGCUAUGCUUUCCAAGCUGUGCGCGGUGAGCCCUCUGCCUCUGCCGGGGGCAUCUACAUAGACGACAUCAGCCUGACGGAGACACGCUGUCCCAACGCCGUGUGGACCAUCCGAAACUUCUCCAAGAUCAUGGAGACGGCCACCAACAACACGUCGAUUGACAGCCCUCGUUUCUACAGCCCUGAGGGUUAUGGUUACGGCGUCCGUGUGUUUCCUUUGUCCACCUACACAGAUUACACAGGGGGCUACACUGGGCUGUACUUCUACCUGGCCAGCGGGGGCAAUGAUGUGGUGAUGCAGUGGCCGGCGGUCAACAGACAGGCCACCUUGGUGGUGAUGGACCAAGACCCUGACAUUAAGCUACGGAUGUCCACUGCACGCAGCCUCACUACGGACAUGAGGAAGACAUCAGAUGGGAAGCUGUUUUGGGACAAUCCCUCCAAGGUGGGAACGUAUGACCCCUCCUGCGAUUGCUACAAAAGUCAGACAUGGGGCUGGAGGAACUUUGUCAAGCACUUUGACCUCAAGAGGCGCAAUUACCUGAAGAACGAUGACCUCAUCAUCUUCAUCGACUUUGAGGAUAUAACAUCACUGAUCAAAUCUGAAGUUCCCAUUAAACCAGCGGAGGAGGGUCACACAGGAUGAACUGGAGUAUUAUGCAACAUAUGCAGGAGGGAUGGAAAGAACAACAUGACGAUGGACAAAGGAUGGAAGAUACUGCCAUGACAAAAUCAUCAUCAUCAUCAUCUUUAGAAAGCUUGAAAUUUGAAGAUAUAUUUGGUAUCUAAUAUAUAUAUAAAAGGUGAAAUACAGAAGAAUAAGCUUUAGAAAAUCAUUUUGAUCACUAUAUGUGUUCCGCAUUGAACUCUUGUCCUAAUAAAAGCUAUUAAAUUAAGCUAUCAAAAAACAA